AAAUUACGAUUCUGCUCUGAUUAUGCACGCUAUGUCUGAAUAUAGCUGCGAUGCCGACUGAAUCUUUCAGGUUUCUCCGAGCACACGUUCCAGUUAUCUUGGCCAAUCAGAGGAGUUCUUUUCAGCCGCACGUGAUCACUUGCGGGUUUUCCCAGCAUGCUCUUCAUUGAAGCCGGAAUUUGGAGCAUUUGGCGCCUCGAGCUUUCAGUUUUGAAGAGAGUUGUUCGUGGUAUGGCGGACAUUUAUAGUUGUAAGCGAUGUUUAUAAGUUAAAAAUCAGCUUUGUAACGCUCCAGGGACCUUGCGCGAUGGCAACCAACAAAGUUGUCAAUGGUAUCACGAGCCAGACGGCCGAGGCGAAGAAGAGAAUGACAAAAGAGGACGAUGAAGGCAAGCUCUUCGUGGGCGGACUCAGCUAUGAAACUACCAAAGAAACUUUGACGGAUUAUUUUAAAACUUUUGGUGAAGUUAUCGGCGUUGAAAUAAAGAUGGAUGCCUUAACGGGUCGCUCAAGGGGCUUCGCAUUUGUACAGUUCAAGGAUCCGUCAGAAGCAAACAAGGUCUUACAACACUCGGGACCUCAUUUACUAGAUGGUAAAACUGUUGAUCCCAAGCCAGCAGCACCUAUAAACAAGCCACCUCAUUUGAGAGUAAAGAAAAUAUUUGUGGGAGGUCUUAAACCAGAAAUUACUGACCAGCAGAUUAGAGAUUAUUUUUUUGAUAAGUAUGCACCGGUGAGAGACACAGAAUAUGUCACUGAACACUCAACGAACAAGAGAAGAGGCUUCUGUUUUGUUUCCUUUGAUUCUGAGGAUACUGUUGACAAGAUUUGUGAGCAACAAUUCCAUCAUAUUGAUGGUAAUAAGGUUGAAGUUAAAAGAGCUCUUCCUAAGGAGGUCCAACAACAGCAAGCUGCUCUGCGAGCUGCAGUGGCUGGAAGAGGAAUGAUCCCUGCAACUAUUGCAGCAGCCACAGCGUUUGGAGUUGUACCUGGAAGAGGAAGAGCUGCCACUGGUUUAAGCAGAGGUCCCUUUCGCACCAGUACAGGUGCAGGGGUUGGUGGGCUCAAUCUCACGGCGGCGGCAGCUGCAGCAGCCUACAACCCAACGUAUGCGGCAGCACUGUAUGGUGCAGCAUUUGGCACAGCUGGAGCCUAUGACCCGGCUGUCUACCCAGCUUCUUAUGCUGCUGGUCUCCAAGUCCAUCCAAGCUACUCCCCAGCAACAUUUGGUGCCACAGCUUCAGGGUACCCUGGUGGGGGAUAUGAUUACCCUUAUGGAGCAGCAAGAGAUAUCCGAUAUCCAGUGUUGCCAAAUAAUGCUUGGGCAGCGUUUUCUGCUAAAUCGCUGACCCUUCAUCACGUGACAGAUGCAAGUGAUCUGAUUGGCUCCUUCCCGCAGCAGGGAAGUGGUGUCGUGGACACAGAUGACAAUGGUGGCACCUCCUUGUGCACUUUUCGAUGAUAUUAAAAGAAGGGUGCCAGAUGGGAGACCAAGUGCUUUUGGACCAAUAUUGUCAUACACCAGAACAGCCUUCCAUCCUUACGCCCGCUAGCAAAUUACACGUGGCGUGACAAGUGAUCAGUCACGCAAUCCAUUCAAUGGACUGGUGGAUGUAACACAGGAAUUAUUUUAUGGAAUUGGAACAAUUUUUUAUUCAUACAGUGUGAGGAAGCACGUUAACAGCAACACGCUCAGGAACCCGUCAAACGAGAUGUGCGUGUUUGUUAUCCACUUGUUCAUAUUCAUUUAAAAUCAUUUGGACUCAUCUACGCAAGGUUGCACUGUCUUGCAAGUGUUGCAAUUAACAAUAUUUUAUGGGCCGUAAAGCUCUGAUGUAUUGACAUUUGCAUGGUCACAUUACUUCAACCCCAGGUUAAAAAAAAUGUAAACAGUAGUUCUAGUUUUUCCCUAAAAGGGCCACAGAAUUGUAUUAGAAGAAUCUUGUCUAUAUUUGUUCGUAUCUUGUAUAGUAUUUAUAUUCAUGUAUAUUGUUUGAGUUCUCUCCUUUUAAAAACAGCAGUUCACAGGACUGAUUUAGUAUUCUUUCAUACAGUAUUUUGAGUUAGCUGUCACGCAGUGCUUUUCCUCUCCUAUGAAGGGUAGCGUGACGACUUGAGCAAAUAAGAACUGAGAAGGAGAGGGGGCUGUUUAGGAUCGAUGGUCAUUUGUGUACCGAGUCACCCGUCCCUUGUUAGUGGAUAGAGUGAUGUUCUAUUGAUUGAACACUGCUAAGAAAGCUGCUCUCAUUUACUGCUGCUACAGGGGAGAACUCUGUUGUCAUUUUGCAGAAUAAAAUUUCUUUGUUAGGUUGUAGUUUAGUGCACUUGAGUUCACCUGCUGUUCUUCAAGAACAAUAAACUUGUGGAAUUGCUUA